AACCUGAAACUCUCACAUUCCUGGCAUAGCAGCCGCCUCCGGCGCUGGCCGACCCUGGGGCUGCGUGCUGGGGCCCUAGCGGCCAGAGCGUCGGCGCCACGGCCGAGACCACACCUCAGCCGCCGCGCUGAGCCGAGCCGGGCCGGGCCGGGUCGUCGGGUCUGACCGCGCCGAGCACCCGCGGGCCGCUGCGGUGCUCUGGGGCCAGGUGCCGCUGGCCUCUGUCCAGGCAGUUGUGUGCAAGCCCAGGAAGCAUGAGGACACUGGAAGACUCCUCGGGUACGGUCCUGCACCGCCUCAUCCAGGAGCAGCUGCGCUAUGGCAACCUGACCGAGACCCGCACGCUGCUGGCCAUCCAGCAGCAGGCCCUACGGGGUGGGGCUGGGGCUGGGGGCACAGGGAGCCCCCAGGCCCCCCUGGAGAUCGUGGCCCCCGAGGACAGUCAGGUGCUGCAGCAGGCCACAAGGCAGGAGCCCCAGGGCCAGGAGCACCAGGGCACCGAGACCCACCUGGCAGAGAACAGCCUCUACCGGCUGUGCCCACAGCCCGGCAAGGGCGAGGAGCUGCCCACCUAUGAGGAGGCCAAAGCCCACUCGCAGUACUAUGCGGCCCAGCAGGCGGGGCCCCAGCCACAUAUGGGAUACCGGGAUCCCCGCGGGGCCCCGGGUGGCAGUCGGAGGCAGGAUGAGGCCCUGCGUGAGCUGAGGCACGGGCACGUGCGCUCCCUGAGCGAGCGGCUCCUGCAGCUGUCCCUGGAGAGGAACGGGGCCCGUACCCCCAGCCACAUGAGCGCCUCCCACAGCUUCCCCCAGCUGGCCCGCAACCAGCAGGGACCCCUGCCCAGGGGCGCCCCUGCAGAGGGCCCGGAGCCCCGCGGACCUCCACCUCAGUACCCACACAUCGUGCUAGCUCAUGAGACCACCUCCGCUGUCACCGACCCGCGGUACCGCACCCGUGGCAGCCCGCACUUCCAGCAUGCGGAAGUAAGGAUCCUGCAGGCCCAGGUGCCCCCUGUGUUCCUCCAGCAGCGGCAGCAGUACCAGUACCUGCAGCAGCCCCAGGAGCACCCCCCGCCCCCAUCCCCGGCUCCCCUCAGCCAGGGCCCACUAGGCUCCCUCAGCCUACCCGGGGUGGAGGCCCCAGCAAGCGCCCAGGCCUCCUCGGGCAGUGGCCACCUGGCCCAGAUGGAGACUGUGCUGAGGGAGAAUGCCAGGCUGCAGAGGGACAACGAGAGGCUGAAGAGGGAGCUGGAGAGCUCGGCGGAGAAGGCCGGCCGCAUCGAGAAGCUGGAGAGCGAAAUCCAGCGGCUCUCUGAGGCCCACGAGAGCCUGACGAGGGCCUCUUCCAAGCGGGAGGCCCUGGAGAAGACUAUGCGGAACAAGAUGGACAGUGAGAUGAGGCGGCUGCAGGACUUCAACCGGGAUCUGAGAGAGAGAUUGGAAUCUGCAAACCGGCGCCUGGCAAGCAAGACACAGGAAGCGCAGGCAGGCAGUCAGGACAUGGUGGCCAAGUUGCUGGCUCAAAGCUACGAGCAGCAGCAGGAGCAGGAGAAGCUGGAGCGGGAGGUGGCACUGCUGCGCGGAGCCAUCGAGGACCAGCGGCGGCGGGCCGAGCUGCUGGAGCAGGCUCUGAGCAAUGCCCAGGGCCGGGCGGCGCGAGCCGAGGAGGAGCUGCGGAAGAAGCAGGCCUACGUGGAGAAGGUGGAGCGGCUGCAGCAGGCCCUGGGGCAGCUGCAGGCUGCCUGCGAGAAGCGUGAGCAGCUGGAACUACGGCUGCGGACGCGCCUGGAGCAGGAACUCAAGGCCCUGCGUGCGCAGCAGAGACAGGCAGGCAGCCCCAGUGGUGGCAGUAGCGGCGGUGGGUCCCCGGAGCUCAGUGCCCUGCGGCUGUCGGAGCAGCUACGAGAGAAGGAGGAGCAGGUCCUGGCACUGGAGGCCGACAUGACCAAGUGGGAGCAGAAGUAUUUGGAGGAACGUGCCAUGAGGCAGUUUGCCAUGGAUGCGGCCGCCACGGCUGCCGCCCAGCGCGACACCACUCUCAUCCGGCACUCCCCCCAGCCCUCGCCCAGCAGCAGCUUCAACGAGGGCCUGCUCACUGGCGGCCACAGGCAUCAGGAGAUGGAAAGCAGGUUAAAGGUGCUCCAUGCCCAGAUCCUGGAGAAGGAUGCGGUGAUCAAGGUCCUUCAGCAGCGCUCCAGGAAGGAUCCUGGCAAGGCCACCCAGGGCUCCCUGAGGCCCGCCAAGUCGGUGCCAUCUAUCUUCGUGGCUGCAGCAGCAGGGGUCCAGGGCUGGCAAGGGCUGUCCUCCAGCGAGCGGCAGGUGGAUGCCCCUGCCCGGCUGGCUGCAGCAGACAGGGCCCCGGCGGAGGAGCCAGUGGCCGAGGCUCCCCUAGCUGCCCACGCCAAACACGCGAGCAGGGAUGGGAGCACCCAGACUGACAGCCCCCCAGACAGUGCCGCCACCUGCCUGGGCCUGGAGCCCGACGGCCUUCUGGGGUGCAGCAGUGGCCAGAGGACAGCCUUGCUGGAUUCUGUUGCUACAUCCAGAGUCCAAGACUUGUCGGACAUGGUGGAGAUACUGAUCUGAAGGAGGUGGUGCCUUGGGGACUCCGAACCACUCCCUGCUCUCCUCUGCCCUCUGCCACGUGGCCAUUCCAGCAGCCCCUACAGAGGCUGCUUCACCCUCCCCCAGCCCAGCACUCAUUCCCAUUGACCAUCUGGUCCCAGGAGCUGAGGAAGGAUGCUGCAGAGGAGAGGGGAGCUGUGAGUACCCAGCCCCCAGAAGACUCUGCUCCUUAGCCCCACAUUCCUCCUGGGCCCACGUGGAAUGAGGACUGGACCUUAACCUGCUUGC